UAUCAUUUAUCCACUACAGCCGCCAGCACCAUUAUAACCUGGCACCACCACCACAACGAUGACCGAGUCCCUCGUCGCUGUUCGCGUCGAGCUCCCCACUUACUCCCUUUCAUUUACUGUCGAGGUUCCUAUCUCCGCUACCGUGCUCGACGUCAAACAUGCAAUUCUAGUGUCCUGCUCUGGACAGCCCCGUGUCGAGGGACAGCGCAUAAUCUGGAGGGGACGCUACCUCGGGGACCAGGAGAAAAUUUCAGAGAUAUGGAAGACGGCGGAUGAGCAACGCAUCGUCCAUUUGUCAGUGCACCCCUCCGCUUGGUCUGGUGCUCCCCCAUCUUCUUCUAGUGCAACAUCAACUACGAUCCCUAUAUCUGACAAAGGGAAAUCACCCUUAUUACAAAGAGAUGCUUCUUCUAACACCCCCUUGGCGCCUUCCGAGUCGCAAUCUCAUCCUUUCGCACGUUUACCCCUGGACCACCAAUUCAUUGCCUAUAUCCAUCAGGCUGCUCUAUCAAAGCUCACUAGAGGGCUCAUUGAGCGCCCACAAGAUUCUGUGCUUCCAUCUCGUUCGGUUGCAUUGGAGAACCUUGAGAAGAAGGGAUACGUUUGGCCGUCAAUCCUGGACGAGCCAUACCCUUUCUCUGAGCGUGGUGACGGCUCUGGACUGCAGUACGAAUUAAUGACUACUGAUGGCAAGUCGUACCUCUCCCUCCGCAACCCGGGUUCAAGGCCUACCGCUGAGCAAGUACAUGCCCUGAAGGUCUUGACAUAUACGUUUUCGAUAUUGUUCCUUCAACCAUUGCCUCAACCACCGACGCCAACACCGACCAUUUCCUCCACUGAGAUUGUACCGCCUCAAUUAAAUGACCUCCUCCAACAGCUUGGCCUUCCCCCACUUCGUGCUAUGCCGAACGUCAAUGUCGACGUUGUGAAUGGUCAGAUGGGCGUUGGAGCGAACAUUCCAGUACCUGGAGAUGAAGCACAGAUACUUCCCGAUAUCCCAGUCCGUGUACUACUGGCUCCCUUGGUGAUGGUAUUUUUCCGGACUCUGCUUUUGCUGUACUUUUUCUCCCCAACACGCAAGCCGCUGUUGGGUUUGUGCAUCAUCGCGUGGAUCAUCUAUGAGAUGUGGACGAAUGUGCGGAAUGUUAUACUCGGACCACUUAAUCGGGAGAGGGAGCGUUUAGCUGGUGUUGCCGCGGAGGCUGCAAGACAGGCUCCAGGUCAGGGUCAACCUGGAGGUCCAACAGGGACUCCUGCACCUCCUGCACCUCCUACCCAGCCUGAUAUACUAGCGCCUGCACAGACUCAAGAAGCGCAGGGUCCUCCACCCCCAAGCAACUCUACCUCUCUUCUGGACCUUCUCGCACGCAUAGGCAUCGAUACAGAGAACAAGUCACUCUGGCCAACGCCUCCCCUGCGAACGCCACUUUUGCCGCCGAGUCUGAUGCACAAGGUGACAACCUUCGUAAGUUUGCUUGUGCUGACUCUCCAUCCGGAGGUAUGGAACCGCAGGCGGGCAGCGCUGAGGACAAGGGAAGGGCGUUUGCGAACAGAAGCGAAUGUGAUGGAACGAGAGGUCGAGAGAGUAGAAGGACAGGAAAUGAGCGAGGAUGACAAAAAGAGAGAGGACACGACGGCUGCGUUGCGGGUGCAGGAUGGAAGGCGCGCUCUAUGGGUGAAAAGUUAUAUUCAGCGUGUCAGAGGCGGAGAGUGGGCGGAUGAUUUAUAAGUUGUAAUAAUCGGAUAUCUAUUCUGUUUUGAAUUGACUUUGCACGACCA